GCUCUUCUUCUCACCCAUCUCUUUUCCCCUUCACCACAACCCCCAUCGCGCAUAGUUACAGCUCUCUUCCUCUCUGCAGAAACAAGAGCUGUCUCGACGUGUUCCUUUCCCCCUUCUUUCUCGCUCUUAGACCGGACGUCCCAAAUCCUCUGAUUUUGAUCGAUUCACUCUUCUUCUCGCGCCUCUGGUGCGCUUUCGCCUUCUGCCAUGUCUGGAUAUCCUGGCGCCUCCGACGAGGGCAAUGGUUUGGAUUCAAUCUUCGCCCAGCUCCGACAGCAGCAGAACAAAUCUGUCAAGCUCGAGCCCAGUUAUGGUUACUACAAUCCUUCAAACUACUUUGGUCAACCUUCGCAGCAGCCGCAGCAAGCCCAACAAUUGCCUCCCGGCUACCAGCAACCCUCCGUCACCUCUCCUGUGCCCACGCCCCCCGCGAACAGCCAGCCGCCUCACCACCCAUCUGCCAUCAUGAGCCCGGUCGAACAGCCUCAGCAGUUCAUCCCCGCGGCCAGCGGCGGCGCCCCAAACCCCGACAGGACUUCAAGCUUGCUCAAUCUUCUCAAGUUCAGUCAACCACCCACCACUUCCACGACCUCCCCCAAGCAGCCUGCUCCAAUUGGCACCCCACUUCCUCCAUCGCGUGAGACUUCAUUGAAUUUCUCUGCUCCUGAUCUCGCGGGUCCUUCCAGCGCCCCAGGCGGCGGACGAGGCGGCCCCGAUCUGCUGGCCACUCUCAUGGGAUCUAUUCAAUCCAAGCCACCGCAGCAGACAGCUGCCCCAUUUGGAGCAGUGUCGCAGCCCACGCAGUCGGGUCUUCCUGCUGCUGCAGCGACUUCUCCUUCUGCCGAUACGCAGGCUUACCUUCUUUCGUUGUUGAAUCAACCAAAACCAUCGCAAGAUGACACUUCUCCUCCGCUUAGACCGGCGAAGGUUCUGACACCUCAGAGCAAGGCUAGCUCUCAAGAUGAGGGUGAUCUUACACAAGCUCUAGAGGACGCGGCCCUUGAUAUGAACCUGAUGGGUUCCGCAGCGACCGAGGGCGGAUUGACUCCAUUGGGAAAGGAUAACAAGGAGAAUGCACGAGAGCCAUCUCCCCCUAAGCAGGGCCUCUUCACAUAUGUCAACCCCUUUGACCAAUUGGCUGCUUCAUCCCCCCGAAACCGUACCCCGAAGCAUGCUUCUCCUGGCCCUUCAUCUGCACCUGCUGUUCAGAUCUUGAAGCGUGAGAGCUCAGAUAACAAGCGGAAGAUGGAUGAACGAAGCGCGCAGUCUAGUUCUGCUCCCUCAAAGCGAAAGACUGAACCCUCCUCUAACGCAUCCUCUUCGCCACCCACACCUCUUCCCGAUGGCCGCACCCAGCUUGAAGCCUUGAUCGGCAUCGGCGCGCCUACCCCCAAGGAAACCGUCGCCCACGCUCUCAGCGGGAUCGGUGACCAGGUAGAUAAGCAAGUCCAGGAGGCUAUCGCGAACGCCGAAAAGGCCGAGAGCCAGGCUGAGAUCCAGGAGGAUAUGAAAGCCAUGCUGGCUGCUACAACCGAGGGAGAGAUCGAGGAGACGACCAAGGCUGCUGCUCAAGCUAUCCAGAAGGAACUUGGAAAGCAGGAGAAUGAGCACGUUCUCGACAAGUUGCCUGAAGAGAUAGCUGAAGCUGUCAAGGAUGUCAUCGACGAGACAGCCCACGGCCAUAUUGCCGACAGUUGGGAGAGCGCCGAUGCCGAGGAUAGCCCUACGAAGGAAGGAGAGGAGAAUGUUGUGAAGGUCUACAACUUCCCCAUGAAGCCCUGGACUUCGAUCACUAUCAAGGAAUCCGAGGAGCCUCGCCCCGUGUUCCGCGAUGAAGCCGUUAUGGAUAUCGCUCGUCUGAAGAAGGAGUUCGACCAGAUCGACCGUACUCUCGUCACCGCGUCCAACAACUUCAUCGUUUAUGGCAUGUCCAAGAAUGGCGGGAUUCGCAUCAUUCGACAGGACGACGGUAAGGAUGCUAGACUCUUUACCGAGACGCAUGAUCGCAUCUUCAGUGUUGUAACGUCAUCCUCCUCGGCUGAUCUCAAGGAAGCGAUCAUUGGCACUGGUAUCAGUGGUACUGUUUACUGGGCUCUCAUCAAAGAUGGUGAAGGGGAUAACAUUGAGGACAGCCAUCCUGAAAUGCAUGGCUUUGCCCUGCCCCCAUUGCUAUCUCAAGAUAAUGAGUCGCCAGGAGGGGUUCUGAAGACUCGGGCUAGAAAGAGCGCAGCUCAUCCAGAUUUCUUUGCUGUUGGUCGUGGAAAGUCUAUUCACAUCAUCUGGCCGUCCGUCAUCAUGAAGUCCUAUCUGAAAAAUGGAAAGGACCGUAUUGCUGACACGGAGAAAUACCUCAAUCAACACUCACUCAAGGUCAAUACUGGCAAGGCCGGGAAGGACUUUACGUUUAGCGAGGAUGAUACUACCAUCGUCUCUCUUGACAAGGCUGGUCGUGUUAAGUUCUGGGAUAUCCGACCCCUUACGGAAACUGACAGCAGUGGAAACCCGCACCCAGCCAACACCAAGCCUAUCGAGAUCAAGGAGCCCAUCGUCACAUUCACGACCACACCCGCAACUGAGAAAUCAUGGCCCACGUCGGUCUUGUUUGUCGACAAGCUCCGGCCCUACCAGCGAGGAGGUGCUUUGCGAUACCUGAUUGUAGGAAUGAAGCAGAACCACACCUUGCAGUUGUGGGAUCUCGCCCUUGGGAAGCCCGUGCAGGAAAUCCACCUGCCCCACGGCAAGGAGUCGGACGCUGUCUGCAGUGUCCUUUACCAUGCUGCAACGGGAAUGAUUGUAGUUGGACACCCGACCCGCAAUUCUAUCUACUUCCUACACCUGUCUGCGCCAAAGUAUAACCUGUCAAAGAACAUCACCCAGGCUGAGUACAUGCGCAAGCUCGCCAGUGUCGACCCCUCAAUCCCGAAGCCCGAUUCUACAGCUGUCGUGAGUGGUAUGCGUGAAUACUCUUUUGCCAACAAGGGCUCGCUUAGAAGUCUUGAUAUCCUUGCUUCUCCAGCUUCAUCUACCGUUGGCGGGGAGGGAGCAACCUUGUUUGAGCUCUAUGCUAUGCACUCAAAGGGCGUCACCUGCCUUGGCAUCAAGCAGCGUGACCUGGGUUGGACUUCGGACAACAAGGUCAUUGAACCCGUGGUUGCUGAGAAGGCUGGUGUCAUCUCCAUUGAGAGUAUCAAGGAAGUUCCAGCUGCUCCAGCUCCAGAAGUUCCCGAAGCUGCUCCUCAGCCAUCCGCGCCCACUCGUAUCAUUUCUCGACCUGCUGGCAAGGAAGCCACCUCUAAGGAUGUAGCUAAGAAAUCAACCAACGCAGAGCCUGCUGCAAGUGCUCCUGCUGCAUCAAAACCCGAGGAAAAGAUCGAGAAGAAGGAAGGUUCGCCAAAUGGAGGACUAGCCAAUGCUAGUGCUACCGAGAAGCACGGAAAGAGCAAGAGAAGAAAGGGAGCCUCAGCUGAAGCUGCCGCUUCUGGGUCUCCUGCUGCUCCAACUGCCCCAUCGUCCAAGACUAUUGUGUUGGAUCCGUCAAGCAAUUCCAGGAAUGGAAAUGUGUCCAAGGCUGGUGCUGGCUCGGUUGCAGAAUUGGUUGAUACCUCGAGCGUUCCUCAAAGCCUUAGUGAUGCAACUCUCAAGAGCCUUCAAAGCCACAUCACCAACGAGGUCAAGAAGACCUUUUCCUCUUCUAUGGACUCUCUCUUCCAAGAGCUCAAGACUGACAGGCGUACUCAGAGUGCUGUAGCAAAGUCCGAGCAGGAGGCUGUGCUUCGUGUCGUAUCCAGCACUUUGUCUGAUAACAUCGAAGUGUCUCUCUCUCGGAUCAUCAGCAACAGCAUCCAAAAGUCUGUCAUUCCGGCUGUCACUGAGACUACUCAGAAUGUAUUGAAGGAGCAACUUAACUCCAGCUUGCACUCGCACCUUGGCAACAACCUCCCCAAAGAGCUCCAGAAGGCCCUUCCGGACGCAAUUGGGAAGGCUUUGCACCAGCCCCAGCUUCUGAAGUUGAUGUCUGAAUCUCUGGCCAAGAGUGUCGCAUUCCGUGUGGAGGAACAAUUUGCUCUGACUCUUCAGAACGUUGUCACUCCUGCAUUCAGCAAGUUAGCAGUCCAGACCACGCAGAAGGCCGCGGCCGAUAUCCAACGCCAGGUUAACGGGAAGAUCGAAGCUCUGGAACGCCAACAUCACGCCGACAACGUCAAGAUCGACCAGCUGAUGCAGCUCGUCACAGGUCUAACCGAGACGGUUUCUUCCAUGGCCUCCGCCCAGACGGAGUUCCAAGGCCAGUUCUUGAGAAUGCAACAACAAGCUAUUGCUGAGAAGCGUGAGGCCGCUCGUGAGAGUCAAAGCAGCGCAGCUCCUUCCGCUGCAGUUGCAGCUCCGGUCGAAGAGAAGACGCCACAACAGCUGCAAUACGAAGCUAUGCUGGAUAGUGUUAGCUCGGCUAUGCGCGAAGGAAACUACGAGACGGCUAUCAUUCGAUGGCUGCAAACUGGGCUUCAUCAGGAAUUCUUUGAGAACUAUUUCUCCAAGUUCAACCCUGACUUCAUUCGAGAACUGAACCCCUUGUUGCUCCUGUCGAUCGGCUCCGCUAUCAGUGCUGGUAUGGAGGACAAACUUGUAAUGCAGCGCAUCGCCUGGCUGGAAACGGUUCUAUCAGUCCUCCAGGCUCACGUUGCUGCUGCAGACUUCCAUGAAGAUAUUCGUGAACAUGUUCCCAAGAUCGUGGCGCACUAUAUCACACGCCUCGAGCAUCUCUUCAUGGUCGUCAGCAAUGUCAACGCUCAGGAUCCCAUUCUCAAGAGAAUCUCUAUGCUGGUCACUGCUUGCAACCGUAUCCUAGAUGCUACUCGCUCGCGAACUGCAUCUCCUGCGAACCUGCUUACAACGAUGAGCAACUCUGGACGUCGUCACUGAGUCCCUGUUUUUUGAUUUAGCGACAUAACUCUGAGCACCUCACGAAGCUCCGUCAGCUCCUAUGAGCACCAUUGUUCCAUUUGGAUUUGAUUUAUUCGACCUUUCGAUAAGUCAUACAUCCUGUUGGACACCCCCAUAGUUUCAGCUCUAGCUUUUGAGAUGCUGGAAUGCUCUCAAGCUUGCCGCUGAGACUCUCUGUCAUCCCUCGGGAAGGACAGAUGUGCAUCACUUUUCUUUCAAAUUUUUUCUUCUUCGGUGCCGAUAAGAGAAGAGCUGUGUACGUGUUCAUUGUUGGCUACCGAGCCUCAGAUACGAACGUCGUUACGACAGAUUUUGCUAAACAUAUCAUGCGAUAUGACAUAUCACGAGAUCAUGCUGGGAGGGUGGGAUGACU